GACUGUCUGUACAACUGCAUUAACACAUUUGUGUCGAUAUUGCGUAAUAACAUUCAGCAAGCUAAGAAACGUAGUCAGUCGUAUGAGAAAAAUCUCAUUUUAGUUGAUUUCACAAAAAAGGUAUCUUUGACGUUGAUGAAGAGUGAAACAAACGGAAAGAAGGAGAAUUGGUUCAUCAAAGCAUUGAAACAAACGGCAAAAUGACGAGUGCAGAUCAGUCUCACAACAUUUCUGAUCGCUAUGACAAAUUCUGUUGGAAUUGUCAUAGAAGAAACGCGAACAUGUCAUGUCCGACGUGUUUUCGAUCAUUCCACGAAAAGUGCCUAAAAUCGAUUGACAAAGACACGUCCCCAGUGAUCUGCACAGUUUGCACGGUCAAAGAAACAUCGGAAUGUGCCUGUGAUGGCAUGCAAGGUCAUCUGAAAAUGCUGAAGCACACGAUGGUCGCCAUUCUAAACAAUUCAGACUUCCGCGUGUUCAAGGACUUGUCAGCAUUGAAGAAGGGAGCAAAUUACUGCGAUGACGUCGUUAAUCCAAUCGAUUUGGACGAAAUUGACCGAAAGAUUUGUCGUGAGCUCUACGAUAGCUUCUAUGCAUUCCUCGUUGAUAUUGAAUGUAUUUAUCACAAUUGUUUCGUUUAUUAUGACGAUUGUCAUGAUCUCACCAGAAUCGCCAGAAAAAUGUUCGAAAUAUGUACACUUGAAACUGAAGCCAUUUCAAGUUGUGCCGAUUGUUACGAGAACAAGCACUUGCAUCCAAUGGAAUGGCGUACAAUGACAUGCAAGAAGCCACAUUUGGUCCUGUGGGCGAAACUCAGUCGAUCGGUUAAUUUUUGGCCAGCUAAGAAAGGAUUCACACACUGGCCAGCAAAGUUGAUAAGCAUCGAUGACAAAUCAUUAAUCAAUCUCAAAGUCAUUUUUAUCGAAUCAUCCGGACUUGUUGAUAUUUCAGCACUUGAUUGUUGGUUAUACUCCGCCAAAGAUGCGAGUUCAUUGAACUCAGGAUGCAAUCCAAAUUACAUUGAAGCCACUCUUAAGGAGGUCGAUUUGUAUGGAAAAAAUAUCGAGAAGAAAUUUGGGCGUUUCCAGAGCGAUUUGGAACGCAUUAAAUUUGUUCGAGAACACCUGAAUGAUCACAUGGCUGCAAUGUUUCCGGACUAUGACGGUUCAGCGAAGGUAAUGGCACCCAGUCAAACUCCACCCAUUGACGAUGAUAACGUUGAUGAUCGUCCAGCAAAACGGCCACGUCUGUCAACUGAUACCGCUGAAAAUCCAAAUGAUGGUUCGACAAAGGCUGUCGCAAUAAUUAAGUACAUGCAACUUAUCGAGCGUGAAAUAACAGAACUUGAAAAUGCCAACCACUUAAAGUCCCAGCAAAUGUUGGAUGAAUUGAAUCGCUCAAAAGGAGCACUUGAUAUUGCCCAUGACGAUAAUCGGAAAUUGGAAGAUGCCUUGCGAACGGUGUCUUCGGAGCGGGAUGAAGCAAAAGAAGCAAUGGUUGAAGCCAAUGAAGAAGCAGCAAUUCAGGCAGAAUUGAUCAAGGCAAUGAAGGAGAAAAUCGAGUUAUUGAAGAAACUUGGCUUGGGCUUUAUGGACAAAAGAUGGAUGAGGCAAUAGCGGACAUCGAACGCGUUCGAGAAGAAAGGAAAACAGUCGAAGAAAAGUUACAGAAGGCGACACGGGAUCAUGAACAUGAAAUGAACGCUUUGAGGACACAGCUCAGCAACGAUGGCUGGAAUAAAUUAUUGAAACUGCAAACAAAGUUGCAAAAGGAGCACGACGACGAAUUGGGUAAACUUUGCCAACAUCACGAAAAACAGUUGGAAUGCGAGAAAAAUCGUGUUUCAAUCGAAAUUCAGAAGUGGAAGGAGGAACAACAACGCAAACUGGCUGACAUGAAAAACAAGAUUCAGGCUGCUGUUGACCAAAGUUUUUAAUUUUAAAUUGAAUUGAGUUCAACUUUCAAACCAUUUUGAUCGAUUCCUAUUUAUGAUAUUUUUCUCAACCAAUUAUUUCAUUUCCAAUCAAAUAUUCAUUCGUUAGCUCAAGGACAAUCUUAUAUUCGAAAUAUCCAAAAUAUUCACAAAUUUUUGUUGAAUGAAACCCUUUGUGUUGGCCUCACAAUAAGAACAUUUUCGAAAUAAUAUCAAAUUAUUAGGUAAUUCGAAUGUACGAACCGUUUUGUAAGGCUCAUAUUUAUGUCUAACAAAAUUCAUAACCAUUCAUAUGAAUAAAAAUAAAUUCAAUAAAAAAAA